AUGGGAAAUAAGAUGUGCUGCCAAUGUAACGAUGGCGCCGAGGAAAACGUCACAGCAGUGGUCGCCAGGGGGUAUGAGGUGGACCCGGACGAGACCCUCGAUUCCAAGCGAACUGUGGUGACCAUAGUAUUUCAGAAGCCCGAUGGCUCCAACAAGGAGAUAAAUUUCACCAUGCGGCCGUGGGGCAUCGACUUCACCAAGGCUGUCCCAGUGACUGUGAAGCGAGUCCGCGCGAACUCCCACGCAGCCAGCCUGGGGGUGCAGACCGACUGGGUUGCUUUGAAGAUCGUGUGCGGCUCAGACCGACAGAAUUCUGCAAAGGCCCCGAAUGUUGUUCAUGAUCUGGAGAAGCUUGCCUUCAAGUUGCCAUUGCAUGCUUGCUGCUAA